CUUUUGGUAAUAUCCAUAAACAAGAUGGAAUACUCAAACCAAUCAGACAUUUAUGAAUUCUUUCUCAUUGGACUGACAUAUUCUCCGGAUGUUGAGUCAUAUAUCUUCAGCUUGUUUCUGUCUAUGUAUUUUGUUACCAUCAUUGGAAACCUUCUCAUUAUCCUGGCUGUAAGCUUUGAGUCCCACCUCCAUACACCCAUGUACUUUUUUAUUGCCAAUCUGUCCAUGACUGACAUUUGCAUAAGCACAACAAUAAUCCCAAAGAUGCUAGUGAACAUACAAACACAGGAUCCGAGCAUCACGUACAUAGGCUGCCUGUCCCAGGCUUGCUUUGUCUUGAUUUUUGGUGGCCUAGAAAGUUGUCUGCUUGCUGUGAUGGCCUAUGACCGCUACUUGGCCAUAGGUCAUCCCCUGAGGUACACAGUUAUCAUGAACCCUUGCCUAUGUGUUUUGCUGGUUUUACUUUCACUUCUCAUAAGUACCAUGAAUGCUCUACUGCAUAGUCUGAUGUUGCUUAAGCUAUCUUUCUGCACAAACUGGAAUAUCCUGCACUUCUUCUGUGAACUUGUUCAAGUCAUCAAGCUUGCCUGCUCUGAUACUUUCAUCAACACCCUACUUAUUUAUACAGUUACUAGUGCAUUUGCUGGUGUUCCUCUUGCUGGGAUUAUUUUCUCUUAUGUUCAAAUUGUGGCUUCUAUUCUUAAGAUCUCAUCAGUUCAGGGAAGGAAUAAAGCCUUUUCCACUUGUGGCUCUCAUCUCUCAGUUGUGCUAUUAUUCUAUGGGACAGCUUUUGGGGUAUAUAUGAGUUCUGCAGUUUCUGACUCUUCUGUUAAGAAUGUAGUCUUUUCUAUGAUGUAUAUUGUAGUCCCCCAAAUGCUGAACCCUUUUAUAUACAGUUUGAGGAACAGAGAAAUGAAGCAAGCCAUGAGACAUCUUAUAUUUUCUGUGGUCUUACCAUCUUCGUAA